AUGUCGGCGCAGGAGACCGUGCUGGGGCACUCCCUCUCCAGCGCCGCCUUGAUCUCGUCGACCACAUCGAACCCUCUGAUGGAGUUGCGGUUGGGGUUGGAGAGCUUCUCGCUCACGAUGCUGGGGCUGCUGUCCAGCAGGACCGACGCGUCGCAGCCCUUUAUAAAGAAAACACGACACCAAAUGAGGCUACCAAACAUGGGUUCCCUCCAAUCAUCAAUCAUCAUCAGCUGGCUAGCUGGCUAGCGAGAGAGAGAGAGAGAGGGAGAGAGCGGGGACCUUGACGAAACAGUCGUGGAAGUGCAGCCUAACGAGGGACGCGGCCAUGCGGGCCUCCCGGGCGACGGCCUGGGCCACCACGGACCUCACAAUCUCCUUAGCCUUGGGGCAGGACCGGUCGUAGAACUGAGGGUAGAGGUGACCCUCGCUGCUCUCCUGCCUAGCCGUGCAGACUGACGCCAGAGCGAAAAGGACUGCGAACACCACGGCAACUCCCCUGGAGAAUCCCAUCCCACUCUCUCUUGCUCUCUCUCUGGCUCUCUUGCUCCCUUGUCCUGAGAUCAAUGGAGGAAUGGAAUGUCUGUGUGUUGAUGGAGAGCCUUGGUGUGUCACCCGCGGCUUUUAUAGUUUUUUUGUUCGAAGGAAGAACGAGGGACAUUUGCGGCUGAGAGAAGGAAUAGAGGAUUGGAAACAGGAGUUGUUUUUCUUGCUCCAUUAGGCCUAUAGCAAACGCCGUGGCUGUUAUAGACAUAGAAUGUCUUGUGUUAUAAAAAAUAAAUUGCAGGUUGUUUAGGUAUAAGAUGUCGUAGGUUGAGGAUAGAAGUUGGAGGGGGGGAGGGGGAGGGGGCGGGGGAGACCUGCUCCGAUUACUCUCUCUCUCUCUCUCCCUCCACCCACAGAUCUAUAUAUAUAAAUGAAAGCCAUAAUGCGUUAUAGUCAUUUAUGUUAUUACGGGCUAUGCUAAAGUUGCGAAAUGAUUUAUUGCUCAUUAAUUUUGUUUAUGAAAUGAUGCUUCCUUUCUUUUUUUUCUUCACCUUUCUUAUAUUGGUACCACGUGGACCAUAUGAGGACCUAAGCGACCUGAUUGAUUGCUCUUUCCUUACGGCCUAAGAGCGAUUGGGUCUCAAUAUGGGCUUAUAGAAUCAGGGUUAGUUAGUUGUUGCAAUAAUGUGGAGUCCAAAUUUUACAACCCUUAUCAUUUUCUGGAGGCUUUACCUACUCCAUUCUUCCAAGUGCUUUGGCUCAAGGUUUUAUUAACAAAUAGUUAUUAUGGUUAAGCUGUGAAGUCACAUCCAAUUUUAGAUUGACACCUUAUAGUUCUAGGCUGUUGUUUUUAUAUUUUCAUCUCCUGAAAUUCAAAUUUUCACGAAGCAAUCCCUGACCUGUUAGACUCUUCUAUCAUUAUGAACACAACAGAUAAAUAACAAAAAAGCCAAAAUGAAUCAAAUCAAAGUUUCUAAAGCAUGAGUGUGGAUUUUGCAAAUGGAAGGAUAAAUUUGUUGAUGCAAUAUUGAAUCUGCAAUUAUUGUUAUCAUAGAUGGGUACAAAUUCAAGAUGGAGGGUGGGAAAAUAGAUAUAUAUGUUAAUCAUUUCAUUUAAUUUGAAUUUUCUAUUUGUCUCUCUUCUUAGAAAUUAAAAAAUAAUCACAAGUAGCCAUUUCACGAUGACUAACCUAUUUUGAGUUAGCCAAAAUGUUUUUUUCUUUUCUGAUUUUGCUGCAUAAAAUUUUCCCAAUGGGCUUAGUUCUUUUCUGUAAAAAAGUGGCGUACAAAACUCUAUUCAUUGGUCAUGACUCAUUGAGUCUUGGAGCCUAAUGUAUUUUGAUGUUGAUAAAAAGCUACACAAAGAUAAAGGGGUCAUUUCACACCAUGUUAUUGAUUUUGUUGCAACUAAAAAAUGUCACAAAUGUUCCAACUAUUCUCAAGAAAAUUCACAAGAAAAUGUGAUAACGAUUGUAUAUAUUUUAUUUAGUUUGUUUUCUUCAAGGAGUUAACUUCAUUGUUUGUGAGAGUUAACUCGUGAGUGAGAGUAAGAAAUGAAAAGAAAGAAAAAUGAAAAAAUACACUCAAUAAUAUAUUGAAUGUGAACUAUAAUGUUUUUGGACAUGGUAGAAUGUCCCAAACCUGAGUUGGCUAAACCCACAUUGUACUAUUUACCACAAGUUAGCCAUUGGGCAUUUGAAUGUUAUUGUUGAAACAAUAGAUAUGAUCAUUUUCUGCAACAAUAGAAAAUUUUUACUAAUAGACAAGAGCCUUAAAAAUGAGAUAAAAAUGAGGAGAGAUUCUUAUAAAAAUAGAAAUAUUAUUUUUGAGAAAAAAAUACUUUUAAUUUUAAUGUGGAUGAAAGUUUAUGAAGGUAUAUGCUUGAAGUACAUGAAAAUUACUACUUAGAUAAAGUAUUUGAAUUGUUCUUACAUAUUAUAUCCUAUUGAUGGAAGAAUAUUUAUAUCUUAUAAGACUUGGUAUCAAUUCAAAACUAAGAUAAAUACUUCAAUAAAGGAAGGUAUGUUCCACGAUUUAUAUACUUUGAUGAAAAUUCUAGAUAAAUUGAAAAAUAAUAUCAUGAAAACUACCUUGGGAUAAAAAAAUAUAUUUAUGGCCAUAUAUCAUCUCAUACAAUGACCUAAGAGCUGUCCAAUUGGAGACAAAAAAUUCAGCACUUCAAAGUAGCUCUUGCCCAACCUAGCCAUUUUGAUGAUUGAUGAAUGUUGAGACUAUGACCAUUAAUUAUCAUUCAUAGAUCAACUUCAAAUGAUCUAUAAUCUACAAAGCCUAGCUAAAGUAAGCCACUAGUUGACAAUUCUAAAUGAGCAUGACCUCCAAAAUCUAAAUGCAUUAAUUUGAAUUGGGCAAAAACAAAGUUUCAUUCGAUGAUUCUUUCGUAAAUGACUACAAACAAAUUAAUUUAUCAAAUUAAGAUCUAUAAAAGUUAGAAGAAUCGUAAUUGAAUGAAGUAUAGUUUUGAAAUUUGAAAUCACACAAAGUAUCACUAAAUGAAAUAAAAAUUAAAUUGAAAGUAAAAAAGGUAGAGUUUCAACCUCACAACAACAAUUGUCAGAAUUGUCUAUUCGAACGGAUUAUCAAGUAAUGUCUAUAGCCUAAAGGCUCUUCUUAAAUAUAGACGACAUAGGUAAUCUUUAAAUCUCCUUUCAAAAUCUAAAUAAUAAUGAUAGAAUUAAAAUUAGUUGAAAAUAAUAAAAUAGAGUUUCGAAGUUAUAGUCGUGAUGCGUCAAAAUCUUAAGCAUUCAGCGGAUUAUUGUGAAAUGUCGACAGCCACAAAAGGUCUCCUUAGACAUAGACAACAUGAACAAUCUUUAGAUUUUCUUGUGAGGUCUAGAAAUCAAUGAGAUGGGUUGACGAUCGUUUCCAAUGGUUAUUACUUAGAGGAACGAAAAAAUGACAACUGUACAAAUCUCCAACAACUAUCACCUGAUGAUGAUAAGUUAGAUGGAGGUAGGGUGUAUUUUAUAGAGCUUCAUCCUCAUGUCCACACACUAAGAGAAGCCUCUUCAUCAUAUCUAGUAUGCUCUCAUGAUGUGGUGACUCAUCUCCUAGUGGAUCAUCUUCUUCUCGAUGACAACUUAUUCAUCGAUCAAUUAGAGAUUCUUUACUUGAUGAAUUUGUGAUCUUUUAAUCUAGAAUCAUUCAGUAAUUUAGUAACAAUACACCCCGUAUUGUGUUAAUAAUAUUUUUGCUCAUAAUUGAGCAAUUCUGAAAUUUGAAUCAUUGACAAGUAAUAUAUAUAUAGGAAAAUUAUGAUUUAAUCAAAUAAAAAAUGAGUUUCAGCUCUAUUAAGAUUCAAACCUCCAUUGGUUGCCCACCUAUAUGAGAAUGAUAUAAGUACAUAAAUAUCCUUAUAAAAUAAUGUUAUAAAGGUAUCUUAUUCUCAUAAACAAGAGAUAUUUUAGAUAUUAAAAUUAUUGAAAACCUUAUGAUAAGAUAUGACGGUUGUUUAGUCUCACAUCAGUUAUUUUUAUAUUUUGAGAUGGACAUAUAGUAACACAAAAAUGUGUGAUUAAUAACCUUCUCUCUCUCAUGUGUGUAUGACUACUCCUUGUCCCACACCCGAUUAGCCACCAUGAUGUGGAAGGAGAAUGACACACAUGUAUCCUAUUGAUCCUUAGUUGCUUGAUCCCCUUGCUUACAGCUCUACUCAACUAUACUUUUGACCUACUUGAGGCCCUAGUUGGCCAACUGUCUUCCCCCUCCCCUCCCCCCACCUUUUUUCUAUAGUUUUAUUUUAUUUUAUUUUAUUUCUCUACAUUUAUCUCAAAAAUAUGAUUAUAAAAAUUAUAUAAUUUUACAUAAAAUCAUAUAAUUAGCCAAAAAUUCACAUGAACUAACUAAAAACUACUUUCAUAAUUUAACAUAAAUAUAAGUCUAUUAAUCAUGAGUUAAAGCAUAAGUUAUAUUCUUAAUUAAUUAUUAACUUAUGAUAACGAAGACAUCACUCAACAUCAAGCCCAAUAAUUACAUAAUAUAAUUUUGUAGAAGGAAUGGCAAGAAAUCAAAUAGUUUUGAUAUAAGAAUCCGUAUGAUUAAUUAUUUUGGAGAUUUUUGGUAAAAUUAAUUAUAGAAGUCAUGAGUACUUUCAAAUCAACUCCUACUGUUAAAUUCUAGGGUCUUGAUGAAAACUCUUUAUGACGUGACUUAGUCAUUGUAUAAUAACUUACAUAAAUAUAAAUUUUAUAAAAUUAGAAAAUACUAUUUUCUAACUUUUAAAAAAUAUUUAUAAUUAAUUAAUUAAUUAUAAUUUAAUAAAAAGUUCAAAUAGUAAGGAAUUUUAAGGUUGAUCACAAGGAUAUAAGAUAAUUUUUUAAAAAGAAUAUAAUUUUUUAUGAGUUUUAGACUAAAUGAUGAAUAUAAAAUAUAUUUAAAAAAUCAUGAAAAAGAGAAAUAAGGGUGCAGACAUCAUGAUGAUGUCAAUGCCCUAGGAAUGCGAUUUAGGAAGAAACAAAGUUUUGUCUAGUGAUUCUUAUGUACGUAAUUAUAGAUGAUUUAAUAAGUCAAAUAAAGAUUUAUAAAAGCUAAAAGAAUCAUAAUUAAAUGAAGAAGGCUUUGGAAACUUGAAAUCAUGUUAAGUAUCACUAAAUGAAGUAAAAAUUAAGUUGAAAGUAAGAAAUGUAAAGUUCUAGCUUCACAACAGCAAUCGUCGGAAUUAUGUGUUUGAGAUGAUUAUCGUGCGAUGUCUAAAGUCUCAAGGGCUCUCUUUGGAUAUAGACGACCAAGUCAUUCACUAAAUCUCCUUUCAAAGUCUAAAAAAUAAUUGUAAAAAUUAAAUUAGUUAAAGAAUGUUAAAAUAGAGUUCUAACAUUGUAGUAGUGAUGUGUCGAAAUUUUGAACAUUAUGGAGGAUUGUCAUAUAAUGUCUACAGUCUCAAAGGCUCUUUUUGGAGACAAAUGAUGUGGGCAAUCUCUAGAUCUUCUUGCAAAGUCUAGAAAUCAAUGAAAUGUGUUGUCAAAUCAUCUCUAGCAGCUGUCACCUAGUAGAAUGAAAAAAUAGUGACUUUGCAGCUCUCCGGUGGCUGUCACUUGAUGGAGGUGAGGCACAUCUUAAAGAGUUUUAUCUUUAGGUUUGUGCAACAAAAAGAGGUUCUUCAUUACAUCUAGUACGCUCUCAAGAGGUGACAGCUCAUCUCUCGGUAAAUCGUCCUCUUCUUGAUGAUAACUUGUUCAUCGAUCAAUCAGAGAUGAUUUAGUCAAUAAAUUUGUGAUCUUUUUAUGAUAAUCGUUCAAUAAUUUUAAUAAUGAUAUUCUACAAAUCAAAUUAACGAAGUUUUUGUCAAAGAUUGAUCAAUUCUAACAACUUAAUCCUCCACCAAUGAUCUAUAAGAAAAUCAUGAUUUAAUUAGAUAAAAAUAUGAGUUUUGGUUCUAGUACAAUUUGAAUCCUCAUCGGUCAUCCACCUACAUGAAAGAGAGUGAAAUAACUAUGCGAAUACCUUUAUAAAGUGAUGUCAUUGAGGUAUCUCUGUUUGAUAAAUAAGAAUAUUUGAGAUAUAAAAAUUAUUAAAAUAUUUUAGAAAAGCUAUGACAUCGAUUUAGUCUCACAUUAAUUAUAUGUCAAAUUUUGAGAUGAAUAUAUAAUCAUACAAGAUUUAGAAAAUAAUGAGUCAUUUUCUCACAUGUGUACAACCACUCCUUGCUCCACACCUGAUUGGCCACUAAUAAUGUAGAAGGAGAGUAAUGCACACAUGUCAAUCAAUCCUUAGUCACUUGAACCUAUGCUUGUGACUCUAUCUAACUGUACUUUUGACCUGCUUAUACUUGGAUGGCUGAUGAGUUCCCAUCUUUUUCUAUAUUUUUAUUUUAUUGUAUUUUCCUUUAUUUAUCUCAAAAUAAGAUUAUAAAAUUAUAUAAAAUUAGAUAAUUAAUCAAAAAAUCAUAUUAACUAAUUAAAAAUUAUUUUUCAAAAUCUAACACAAAUAUAAGUCUAUUCAUCAUGAGUUAAGGCUAAAACUAUAUUAUUAAAUAAUUACUAACUCAUAAUAAUGAAAACUUAUCACUUCAUGUUUAAUAUUAUGAGAGAAAAGGUAAAUGUACAUCUUAAUCAUAAAGAUAUUAUUAACUCAUAGUCAAGACAUUUGAGAAAGUUGCAACUAAGUAUUAUGCUUUAUGAGGACAUAGGUAAAUUGGCAUUGGUUAAAAUAUUAACAUGAAAGUAUACUUUCAAUAAAUAUAAAUAAUCACAUUGGACAUAAACAAUAUAUAUUGAUUCACUCUAAUCUAUAGCCUACUCCAUUCUUCAAGCCUCCCAUUGAAUAUCUUGUCUUCAUUAAUUCCUACCAAACUACAUGUUGGCUUUGACAAGAUAUAAUCAAUCAUUUUUGCACCAAGAAGGCUUACUCAAAUUUAGGCUUGGUAAAAUUAUCAAAGGCAAAGUAAACUACCAUGCAAAACAUCCAAAAAUCUAUAAAAUACUAGUAAUUCAUUGUUUGGAGAGUUAAGAUCUUCGAAAAGUAUUUCAUGUAUGUGGUAAUUUGACUAUUUUGGAUUUUACAUAUCUCUAAUAUUUAUUGUCUUUUAUGAAUUGAGUACAAUGAGGGUCCCUAAAAUUUUUUCCUUCAAUAGCUAGUUUUUUUAUAUUUUUAAUAUUUUAUUAAUCAACAUUUACAUAAUGAUGAUUUAGUUGCUGAAAAUUCAUUAUGAAUAUUGUUACAAUGUUGCCCCCCAUCUUAGAUAAGUAUUCGUACUCAAGUUUCUCUAAUUUUUUGUUUUGUGUAGGUGUGCAAUUUAAUGUCUUUAGUGUAACACUUCUACCUCAUCAACCUUGUUCAAACUACCUCAUGAGUUUGCACAUGUCAAUGCUCAAGAAUUUGAUUAGUAAUGGUGUUGACACUUACAUUCCAUGAUGUCAAUUGAUCUCUAUUAGGCCACUAUCAUAACUAAUUACCGAGUCAUCUUUUGCAGAAGAAAAAAGGAUGUUGUUAUUUCUAAAUAGUUUCUGCUCCCACCUUACUCUACUCAUGAAGGAUACUUUCCUUAGGUUUCUUUACUUUUCUUGAAUACAAAAAAGUCAGAUCACAUCUAUCUCUAAAUUUAUGACUCUAGUAGGCUCACCUCUAGCCACUCAUAUUAGCUUAUUGUUGUAUGUUCUCAACUUUAGUAUCAACUUGUCAAUAGCUACAAUUAGAAUCCAUUAAUAGGCCAUUAGAAUCCAUUACAUAAAAUAAAUUUUAUACAUUUAUCACAAUAUUUUUCAUUGGGCAUAGAAUUAUAAGAUUUAAAUCAUGCAAGUGCUGGUAUUUUGCACAUUAUAGAUUUUUCUAAAUAUUUUCUUAAAAGACUAAGAAAAUAUUGUUCUUAUUGUUCUGGGCCUUCAAUGACAUACUACUAAGUUCUCUAUGACCAAAAACAUCUUAGUUUGGAGGUUGUAAGUAAUGUAAUAAUAGUUUCUGAAGUCGAUCUAUCUACUACAUACAAUAACUUAAACCUUAGUUUGUGAUAUUGUAGUAAUAGGCCUUUUGAAAUGUUGUCUUAUAGUGUUUGCUUGAUACAAGUUAAGCCCAUUGGUGAUGUAGUCCAUAAAUUACUAUCAACUAAGAAAUGAAAAGUUUUUGACCCACAUGGCCAGAAAUAAAUAUUUAGAGGUAUCAUAGUGCCUCACAAUUUAAUUUUGUGGUCAAUUAUAAUACAACCCUAUUUUAAUAUCAACUUAGAUGGAACAAAUAGUGCAGCCCAAUUUCAGCUCAAUUCAAGUGAACUAGAUACUAAGGAGGCGUGAAUAAUCUAUUUGAUUAAAAUUCAGAUUGAAAUAGCCCAAUAAGAUAUUUGGACAUAUGUUAAACAUGCUAAAAACUCAAUUCCCAUGUUUAAUAUUCUCCACAUUUUUUAUGUAAAAUAAUUACUUAUAUUGUUUAAGGUAUUCUUAUUACUUAUGAGUGUUAUAAUAGAAUCCCAUUUUCCUUAAGAACGUUCUAACAUAAGUUCUUUCUUUCUAGGUUAGUUGUAACUAGCUUUAAGCUUAGAAAGAGGCUUCAUUGGUGGCCCCAAAGGUAUUCGAGUUUAUUUCUAUCAAUCCCACAAAAUUUCCUCUUUUGAGGUUCUAUUUCUCUAUUGGUGGAUUCCAACAUCCUUUGUGGAUUCAAGAAAACUAUUUUGAUCAUUGUGGACUCAAGGGUUGAGGUCUCUUCAUUCUGUGGACUCAUGGUGAAAGAUCUUCACAAAAUUCAAGUAUGUAGUAGAUUCAAGGACUAGAUUUGAACUUUCUACAAAGAAAGCUAUGCCAAUUCAAUCAAAUCAUUCAUCUUGUCAAAUUCCAACUAAGUUAAUUGGUGGAGUAUUUUUCUUGGAUAUGUAAAAGAAUAAAACAAAAAUUGAUGUUGAAUUUCCAUUAAUUUCUUAAAAUUUUGUGUUGAAAAUUUCAUUAUACAAAAUGCAAAUAUAGAAUUGAUGGAUGGUGUGAAAUUAUCACUUGAACCCACAAAUAGUAUAUAUAUAUUCAAUAUUAAAAUAUUAAUAACUUACAAAUAAACGAUGUUGGCUCUUGCUCAAGCACUUGUUUUUCUAUUUGAUUGUCAACCUUGACCUGCUAACAUAAAAUAUAAUCACUUACAUCUUGUGACCUAAAUAAUUGAUCAACAUAUUGCAUUGGAUAUGUUAGCAUGUGUAUUUAUCUCAAUAGCAUACCUAAUUAUACAAUUUUGACAUGAUUCUAAAUCCAACAACUUCAAGUUAGAAACAUGAAAUUAACUUAAUGUGAGAGAUCUUAUGAUUGAGUUAAAACAUCUAAUUCUCAUAAGUCACUUGAGAAAUUUAUUUGGUUGUUUCAUGGAUAUGUGUAUUUAUUAUCUUUAACUGAUCUCCUCUCAUAAUUGCCCAAUUAUUGGUUUUUAAUCAGCAAUUUAAAUGGGUGUCAAUAAAGAGAAAAAUACACAACAAGAAUUUCCAAUUUUCUUGGCAUAUUCAGUUAAUAAUUUUGGAAUGAAAAAAUCGACAAAAUGGCUUCAGAAGAAACGUUUAAAGCGAAAACAAUGAAAAACAGACUCUCGAACGCUUCAUGCACCUCCCCACCUUUAAGUGGCAACCUCCAGAUUCGGGCAAAGCUGAUCUUCGCCGCUUUCUUGCAUUGUGAGGCGUUAAAGCUAAAUGCGUGAAGAAAAUGUUACAUCCUACCUAAGUUUCCUGCCAAGUUAAACCCAUCGAUUAUGGGGAGGAUCCUGAGCGACAGUAAUGAAGCACUAAGUCACAUUCGUCAUUCAAAGAAACAAGGGGAACCUAAAACUAAAAGACUCCAAACCAGAGUUGCAAUGUUGUAUGGUAUCCCUUCAUGGCAUGUUUCUCAUCUCAGUUCGAAGAUGUUACGCGUCCUGCUUCGCCGAGAAUACCAGUCACAGUCAAUGGUGGAUACAUUCGUACUUACAACCAAAACCCCAAUAAUCGACCAGCCCAGUAAAACUAAACACGCACAAAAAUAAAAAAAGGAAACCAAACAAGGCAUAUAACCCCCCCUUACGACACAGUAAAUAGAAGAACGAUAGAUAAUAUGACGGGCUCUCCGGGUGCGGGACUAGGAGUUGUUGACCCGCCUGCAGUUCCUCCUGAUCUCUCCGCGGGCACCGGUGAGCGGGGAGAUGGCGCUCAUCUUGAUCAUGGAGCGCGCGAACUGGCGCAGGAAGUGGGCGUUGUUCCGGGCGUAGAGCCGCACCAGUCGUCGGGUGGCGGCGCUGCGCGUGUAGAGCACCUGGUCGGAGCUGAGGAGGCCCCGCGCGGCGAGGAUGUUCCUGAAGUAGGAGUUGUCGAACCCGGCGGGGCUAGGGGGGUCCAGGGGGAAGAGGUUGUUGUCCCCACCCGAGCGCGGGCACCGUGUCCUCAGCUGCGCGGCGUAGGACGCGUCCAACGUGAAGUCCGCCAGCCCGUUGCCCGUCUGGUUGUACAGCCUCUGCCUGAAGCUGGUGCACCUCGACAUCCCGAUGGUGUGGCUCCCUGUCCAUCACAAAAACAGCCCCCACGCUCAGCCCGCGAUGCUACGGAGUAAAUACAUUUAUGCUGAGGCCACUCUCUUCGUCCCCGCCUCCUCUGUUGAUUGAUGUGACGUGUAGUAAAUAAUAUGCACACUACCCAUUCUCUUUUUACCCACCUGAGAGGGCGACGAGGUCGACGAGGUUGAGGCCCUGGAGCUUGAACUUGGUGACGAUGGUGGGGAGGGUGUUGUUGGGGGCGGGGAUGUUGUUGUUGGAGCCGCUGAGGCUCGCGCUCCUGGAGUCCCUACGUCCCAGUGGAACCUCCCAGUUUGGCCCGCCAGUCUGCACGAAUCAACCACAUCACACAACAGUUUAAUAGGGUCAUUUCCGCAGAGGCAGAAAUGGAGAGAGAGAGAGAGAGAGAAAGCGGGCGAGAAAUGGAGGCGAGCUUACGAGAACGGUGGAGUCCCUGGCGGCGAGGGCGAGAAUGUCGGCGCAGGAGACCGUGCUGGGGCACUCCCUCUCCAGCGCCGCCUUGAUCUCGUCGACCACAUCGAACCCUCUGAUGGAGUUGCGGUUGGGGUUGGAGAGCUUCUCGCUCACGAUGCUGGGGCUGCUGUCCAGCAGGACCGACGCGUCGCAGCCCUUUAUAAAGAAAACACGACACCAAAUGAGGCUACCAAACAUGGGUUCCCUCCAAUCAUCAAUCAUCAUCAGCUGGCUAGCUGGCUAGCGAGAGAGAGAGAGAGAGGGAGAGAGCGGGGACCUUGACGAAACAGUCGUGGAAGUGCAGCCUAACGAGGGACGCGGCCAUGCGGGCCUCCCGGGCGACGGCCUGGGCCACCACGGACCUCACAAUCUCCUUAGCCUUGGGGCAGGACCGGUCGUAG